UUAGUCUUGUUUUAUUUUGAAACCGGAAACGCCCCAGCGUGCCGCGCGCUUGACGCAGACACAAACACACACCAUCUCUCGGCGAACAUGGCGGCAACUUGAUGGAGGCAGCGCGAUGAAAACGGCGAGGGCUCGAUAAAGCGGGGAGGACGCUUCAGGCUGCAGGCCCACCAGCCGACACAAAGCCACUCUCUUUCGCCAUGUUGGAAGACGACAGCGCCCUUGUCCCUUCACGACCGAGGCCGGGGGAAACGUAAGCGCGUCGGCGAGUGGUUCCUCGGAGCGGAGUCGAGGCUACGCAGAGGCGGCGCGGCACGGCGCGGCGCUCAGGGCGGACGGGAGGACAGCAGGCUUCACCGGUCAGCCAUGGAGGAUGCGGCCCGUGGUCGCCAGCGUCUGAUUUCCCCCCCGGCCCCCGCUCAUUUGGAUGGGAAUUACCGCUGAUAUCGAGCCGGGACAGCCCACUACCCGACACUUGAGGGGAGGAAAACGCGAAGCGCCCCCGACGUCAAUGACUGUUGCGGCAGAGGAGCCCCCACGGUGGAGUCGGCCGGUUCCCAAAAUAUGACCAGGGGUGCUGGGACGUGUUGGCAGCAAGAAGAUGACGACGGCUUCCAAAUCUGGCUAGAGCCCGCGCGCGACACCCAAAAGCCAUUCACCGACUCCGAGAGGGCGCAGAGAUGGCGACUGUCCUUGGCAUCCCUCUUGUUCCUCACCAUCCUCCUCUCUGAUCACCUGUGGUUCUGCGCCGAGGCCAAACUGUCCCGCACGCGGGAGAAGUUGGCGCCCUCCCACCUCCUGUCAGCCCAGACCCGCCCAGCGAACAGCAGCCUCAGAGAACCCCCCCACGCUAUUUUUCUAGGAAACUCCAGCAAACAUUUGUGGCGCCUCCAAACUUGCCACCACCACCACCAGGACCCCUCGCCGUCCGGCGCGUGCUUCACGUUGGCGGACGCGGAUGGUCUGUGCGCGGCCCUGUCCUCCGCGGCCACGCGGGCUGUAAACAUGAGCGAUUUGUACCUCUCCUUUUGUAACUCCUACUCCCUGCUGGAUUUGCUGGACGGCUCGGCGAGUCCGGACAACUUGAACUGCAGCCUGGACGUGCUCGGCGAUGGCGACGCCGGCAGGUGCGGCGCGUGCGUGCAGGCGUACCAGCGCUACGACCAGCACGCGCAGGAGAAAUACGAGGACUUUGAGCUGCUCACGCAGAAAUACGAGCCGGGGGCUUACUCCGCGAGGACGUGCAUGGAGCAGUGCAAGAUGGCCUACAAGCCCUGGCUGUGUGCUCAGUAUUUCCCCACCGCCAAGCCGUCCUGCCAGAACAAGAUACCGUGCUACCAGUACUGCCGGGAGGUCCAGCAGAGUUGUCCGUUCAUUUUGCCCGACAACGACGACCUGAUCCACGGCGGAAACCCCAGCUUCAUCUGCACAGGGCUCCUGGAGAACCAUCCGACAGAACGAGAUGCGGAAUGCUGCGACGUUCGAUGGGAAACCAAAACGGACAACCCUUCAGGCGGCACCCUCAAAAGAACUGCUUCUUCCUGCCAACCGGAGGGGGCCUCGGUCACGUCCGCCGCCACCACCCAGAGACUUUGCAGCGGGCGACUGAAGAUCUGCCUGCUGGCCCUCGUCCUCCUACACACUGUCAUCAUCAUUUCGGCCUCCCAUAAUUCCACACUGCUGGGCGUGGCUGCUAACUUCUCGCCAGAGGAGGGCGCGUCGAACGAAGAGUGAACCGUGGCUUUUGAACCGGAUGGCGACACGCACUGGAGGUGUCGCCGCGGUCCGAUGAGACGUUGCGUCACCGGAGGCGGGAGGGUUACCCCCGCAGCUGAGGGUGCCGGUACCGGACAGAGACCCUGCCGAGACGUCUAGGACCACCCCCUAAAAGACCUGACCUCUUGCCACUUGAAACCUGCUCAUUGUUUCUAUUCCAUCCUAAUGUUUUCUAGCAUAUCGUCACUUCCUCCACGUCCUUCCCCCUCCUCCCGUUUUAAGUGUCAGAGGAAAAAUCGGACAUUGACGAAGUACGCGAACUCAUUGUUAACUUUAGAUUCUUUGCUGCUCUUUUUUGUUUGUUUGUUUGUUUGUUUUUCUGGUGCCAGAAUGUUUCGACAUAUCAAUUGUGUUCCACUUCCUCUUCAUCACUUCAGAGGCGUCUUCUUUAGUACUUGAUGUUGCUCCAGGGCCUGCUGGUAUCAGCUCUUACAUCACUUGGAUGUGCAGAUUUUUUUUUUGCUUCUUCGGAAAACAAAAUGUACAUUUUUUUGUGUUGCGCUUAGUUUUUGUUUGUUUGUUUGUUCAUUUAUUUUUUUAACCAGACCUUUCCCCUGACCCCUUACGACAGUACAUGCCUAAGCAUUUUAGGACCUUAAGUGCUCUAAGACUGGCUCUCACUUUGUCUCCCGGUUUGCUUUAGCAAUUCAGGAGUAAAGUGGUAAAAAAUAAAAAAAAAGGUAGGGACAGUU